GAAACGCGCGAUAGCGUAACGUACCGAAGACCAGUUUUUUAAGAGAGUCCUACCGGAAUGACUUUGACGGGAAAAUUCGCGUUUUCAUUUUGUAUCUUGUGGCUCGCGUUCGUCGGGAAAACAAUGUCCGACAACGUCAUAGACGUCGACGACAUCUUGUCCGCGAAAUAUAUGCCGGGAACGUUGUUGAUGCUGGACGGUCCCCCGAAGAGCUUCAACACUUCGUUGAACGUCAUCGACGAAAGGUCGAGCAAGACGUUGGAUGGGACUGUCAAGGACGCGCUAGAUACCAUGGAUUUCCACAGGUCAAUGAUGAACCAGUACUUGUGCAGGAGUUACCUUGCUAGUCAAAUUCUGGCGGAAAUGAAUCUGACUGGCAUUAAAAAGAGAAUGGGUGGUCGAGGAACCUUCGAAGAGGUCGCGCGACCUCAAGAACCUCGCGCGGGCCGAACCGACCUCUUGAUGGACCAAGGUUCGUCGUCCUACAAAAAUUGGCUCGCGAAGAGCGCGACCAUGGAGGACGUUUAUCGUCACUACCAGCGGGACGCUGCCAAAACCGACAGAGAUGACGAAGAAUUCGACGAAAACGCCCUUAAGCAUGACGACAAAGGGCUGCCCCAAGUUAACGUUCACGAAUUAAAUUACGCGUACCAAGAGCACUCGGGAGGGCAAACGGAGAAAACGAAAAAUCAACACAAGUCGGACGUCAGUCCGUAUCAUACGGGAGUCGGGGGAGCUUAUUAUUACACCCCAGUGCAAACGGGUUAUGUCGGCCACAGCGGUGAAGAACAUCACGAUGAACACAUAACGGAGAGCGGACACGCGAACGACCAAGGGAAAUACGUCCAAAGUUUUCCGCCAAAAUACCACGCCUAUCAUCACGUCUCGACCGGUUACGACAAGUCCCAAGAGCUAGCCGACAUUUUCGAGGUCGCCCUUACGGCACUGGCGUACCUUUCGUUCGGAAUGUUCGUCGUACACUUGAUUAUGAGCAUCUACGCGCUGAAAAGCAGCGCUACGACGAGCACAGGCGCCAAUCUAAUGAUGCCGACGAAUAUGGGCGCAGCUUCAGCCUCCGAUAACAGUUACAUCUACUCGUACACUGGAACCGGCAGUGCGCCAUCUGGGAGCGAAGGGGCUUACUAUACAGAUACAGGAGCAGCUGCGAGUGGACCCGGACAUGAAAUAUACAAAGAUCAAUUCAAAUUCAGUCACAGACUGAGAAGGGACGCACCCACGAUUGCCAACCCCAACGACAUGUUACUAAACGACAUGGCCAGAAAAAUUUUGACGUCAAUAGAAUCCGCAUUGGUCGCGAACGCAGACAACGGAGACUGCUUGAAGAAAUCGUUGUGCGUUAAUAACAAAUAUUCGCGUGAGCUGGAUGGGUUUGCGAAAUAUGCGAUCCCCGGGUGGAGUUUGGGCAUGAGUUGGUUGUCCGGCCGUUUGAUCGAAAACGUGCCGCCGACCGCUUCGAUGAUCGACAGUCUAAAAGCGUCAAUCCUCGGAUUGGGAAAGGCCAACUGUGACGUCAUUUACCAAAGUUGUGAUUUGCGUAAGCAAAAGGAAUUGAGAAUUAAAAAGACGAGUAACUCCACCACUGUGUAAUUUUCGUAUAAUCUAAUGGAAAUAAACGAUUUUGG